AUGGCCACCACCACCCUCAACGUUGAGGGCAUGACCUGUGGCGCCUGUACCGCCGCCAUCGAGUCCGCUUUUCAGUCCGUCGCCGGCGUCGGAGAAGUCUCUGUCAGCUUGAUCAUGUCCCGCGCCGUCGUCCAUCAUGAUCCCGCCGUUAUCUCCCCGGCCAAAGUCGCCGAGACGGUGGAGGACUGUGGCUUCGACGCCACGGUGGUCUCCACGGAUAUACCCACCGCCCCCGACGCCUCGUCCGACGAUGGUCCGCCCAUGUGUAUCACAACCUACGCCAUUGAGGGCAUGACCUGUGCCGCCUGUACCUCCGGCGUCGAGUCGGGCGUCCGGGAACUGCCCGGCGUCGAAUCCGUCAGCGUCUCGCUGCUGUCCGAACGGGCCGUCGUCGACUACGACGGCUCGCGCAUCACCGCGGAGCAGAUCGCGGACGCCAUCGAGGACCGCGGAUUUGGCGCCCAGGUGCUUGAGACCACCGCGCCCCCGCGCAGCGGCGGUCGUCCCUCCCAGGUCGCCGAGGCCUCCGCCCGUCUGUCCGUCACCACCGUCGCCAUCACCGGCAUGACCUGUGCCGCCUGUACGUCCGCCGUCGAGCAGCAGUUCCGCGACGUGGACGGCCUCGUCCAGUUCAACAUCAGCCUGCUCGCCGAGCGUGCCAUUGUCACCCACGAUGCCACCCGCCUCUCGCCCCAACAGGUUGUUGACCGUAUCGAGGACGCCGGUUUCGAGGCUACCGUCGUCUCCCAGGACACGCAAGCCGCGGGCGCCCGCGGUCUCGCCCACGUCACCUUCAACCUCCAUGGCGUACGCGACGCUGGCGCCGCCGCCGCCCUCGAGGAGGCCCUCCUCCAGCGCCGCGGCAUCUGCCUCGCUGCCGUCGAUUUGGCCACCGCCCGCAUCGCCGUCUCCUACGACCCCCGCGCCGUUGGCGUCCGCUCCCUCGUCGUCGCCAUCGAGGAGCUCGGCUACAACGCCCUGCUGACCGACACCCACGACACCAACGCUCAGCUCGAUUCCCUGGCCAAGACCCGCGAGAUCCACGAGUGGAAGCGGGCUUUCCGCUUCGCCCUCGCCUUCGCCAUCCCCGUCUUCCUCCUCAACAUGGUCCUGCCCAUGUAUUUCCCCACCCUGGACAUCGGCCGCUUCCGACUCUGCCCGGGCCUCUACCUCGGCGACAUCGCCGCCUGCCUCCUCACCAUCCCCGUCCAGUUCGGCGUCGGCCGUCGCUUCUACAUCUCCAGCUUCCGCUCCCUGCGCCACCGCGCCCCGACCAUGGACGUCCUCGUCAUGCUCGGCACCUCCGCCGCCUUCUUCUACAGCGUCUUCACCAUGGUCUUUGCCUUGAUGACCGCCGCCCGCAAGCGCCCCUCCACCGUCUUCGACACCAGCACCAUGCUCCUCACCUUCGUCACCCUGGGCCGCUGGCUCGAGAACCGCGCCAAGGGCCAAACCUCGGCCGCCCUCUCCCGGCUCAUGUCCCUGGCCCCGUCCAUGACCACCGUCUACGACGACCCCAUCGCCGCCGAGAAGCAGGCCGAGGCCUGGCACGCUGCCUCCGCCCCUGCCGCCCCCGCCGGCGAGGCCGCUGGGCCCGGCCGCCGUGUCAUCCCCACCGAGCUCCUCGAGGUCGGUGACGUGGUCAUCCUGCACCCCGGCGACAAGGUCUCCGCCGACGGCGUCGUCCUCCGCGGCGAAGGGUACGUCGACGAGAGCAUGAUCACCGGCGAGCCCCGGCCCAUCCGCAAGACCGCCGGCAGCGCCGUCAUCGCCGGCACCGUCAACGGCACCACCGCUCUGGACUUCCGUGUCACCCGCGCCGGCCGGGACACCCAGCUGAGCCAGAUCGUCCAGCUGGUCCAAACCGCCCAGACCAGCCGCGCUCCCAUCCAACGCAUGGCCGACGUCGUGGCCGGCUACUUCGUCCCCGCCAUCGUCAGCCUAGGUCUCGUCACCUUCUUCGGCUGGAUGUUCAUCAGCCACGUGCUACCCAACCCCCCCAUGAUUUUCAUGGCCGAGGACAACGGCGGCCGCGUCAUGGUCUGCCUCAAGCUCUGCAUCUCCGUCAUCGUCUUCGCCUGCCCCUGCGCUCUGGGUCUGAGCACCCCGACCGCUGUCAUGGUCGGCACCGGCGUCGGCGCCCAGCAGGGCAUCCUCGUCAAGGGCGGCGCCAUCCUUGAGGGCGCCACCAAGAUCACCCACGUCGUCUUCGACAAGACCGGCACCCUGACCACCGGCCGCAUGACCGUCGCCGAUGCCCACCUGGCGCCGUCGUGGCAGGCCACGGAGGAUCGCCGCCGCCUCUGGUGGCAGAUGGUCGGCCUGGCCGAGAUGAACAGCGAGCACCCCAUCGGCCGCGCCGUCCUCGCGGCCGCCCAGGUCGAAUCUGGCCACCCGGGUGAGGGGGCCCUACCCGGCAGCCUCGGCGACUUCGAUGCCUGCGUCGGCCAGGGCAUCGCGGCGCUGGUCGAGCCCGCCACGACGGCCGAGGAGCGCGUGCGGGCCCGCGUGCUGAUCGGCAACGCCGACUUCUUACGGUCACGGGAUGCUCCCGUCCCGGACGAUGAGGCAGCCGCCGCCGAGUCCCCGGAGCUCGCCCCCGGCGCCAAGGAGCCCGCGGGCGUCACCACGAUCCAUGUAGCCAUCGACGGCCAGUACGCCGGCACCCUCCGGCUGCGGGACACGGUCAAGCCGACCGCGCGGGGGGCCGUCGCCGCGCUGCACCGCAUGGGGCUCGCCACCGCCCUCGUCACCGGCGACGCGCGGCCGACAGCCCUCGCCAUCGCCGCGGCAGUGGGCAUCGCGCCCGAGGCCGUACACGCGUCGGUCGCGCCCGCCGACAAGCAGGAAAUUAUCGCCACCCUCGAAGACCGCGGCCACCGGGUCGCCAUGGUCGGCGACGGUAUCAACGACUCGCCCGCUCUGGCCACCGCCUCGAUCGGCAUCGCCCUGGCCUCAGGCACGGACGUCGCCGUCGAGGCCGCCGACAUCGUGCUCAUGCGGCCCGACGACCUACUCUCCGUGCCCGCCAGCCUGUGCCUGUCGCGCGCCGUCUUCAACCGCAUCCGGCUCAACCUCGUCUGGGCCUGCCUCUACAACCUCAUCGGCCUGCCCUUCGCCAUGGGCCUGUUCCUGCCCUUUGGCGGGGUCAUGCUGCCGCCCAUGGCCGCCGGCGCCGCCAUGGCAGCCUCGAGCAUCUCCGUUGUGGUCAGCAGCCUGCUCCUGAAAUUCUGGCGCCGGCCGCGCUGGAUGGACGCCGGCACGCUCGCGUACGAGGGCCCGGCCGGUCCGGACCCCCGCGCCGCCACCAAAACCCGGUGGGACGUCUUGUCGCUGUCGCCCCGACACGGCCCCGCCCGUCUGGUCCACCAAGCGGUGGGUCGCGUGCGCGCCCUGUUCCUGGGAAAGCCCGCGGGCGGACUGGACACGGACGAGGGAUACGUUCCGUUGCAGACCGUCGAGCCGGUAUAA